GGCUGCCGCGCGCGCCGCCGCGGGCGGGGGGCGGUAGCAGAUCCCGUAAGUCGGGCGGCCGCGUAGUUGCUGCUGCCGCCGCCGCUGCCGCCGCCACAUUCAACAGGCAGCAGCGCCGCCGUCGCGCCGCCUGUGCGAGGGAGCGAGCGGCCCGCGGCGUCCGCCCGUCUGCCGGUUCCGUCAGCAGGAGCGCGACGUUAGCGCAGCACGAACAGGAGACUCGGGCCUGCCGUCCCAUCCGUGCAGCGCACCCCGGGAGGCUCGAUGUGGACGGACCCGCGAAGUUAAGUUAGGGGCUCGCGCUUGCACUCCGCCGCCCGCGCCCUCCCCCAGGCUUCCGGCCCCCCGGUGGCCGCGACCCCGGCCCGGCUCUCCGCGUCCCCUGCCCUCGGGGCCCCGGCGCUGCGCCCUCCGCUCGCCUCGCCCGCGGCGGGGGAGGGGCGGGGGUCACCAUGGCCGAAGCGCCUCAGGUGGUGGAGACCGACCCGGACUUCGAGCCGCUGCCCCGGCCGCGCUCGUGCACCUGGCCGCUGCCCAGGCCGGAGUUCAGCCAGUCCAGCUCGGCCACCUCCAGCCCGGCGCCGUCGGGCGGCGCGGCCAGCAACCCGGACGCCGCGGCGGGCCUGCCCCCGGUGUCGGCUGUCAGCGCCGACUUCAUGGGCAGCCUGAGUCUGCUGGAGGAGAGCGCGGACUUCCCGCAGGCGCCCGGCUCCGUGGCGGCGGCCGCGGCCGCGGCGGCGGCAGUGGCCGCGGCGGCUGCUGCUGCGGCGGCCGCCACGGGGGGACUGUGCGGGGACUUCCAGGGCCCGGAGGCGGGUUGUCUGCACCCGGGGCCGCCGCCGCCGCCGCCCGGAACGCUGGCGCCGCACCCGCCCGUGCCCCCCGCCGCCGCCGGGCCGCUGGCGGGGCAGCCCCGCAAGAGCAGCUCGUCCCGCCGCAACGCGUGGGGCAACUUGUCCUACGCCGAUCUCAUCACCAAGGCCAUCGAGAGCUCGGCCGAGAAGCGCCUCACGCUGUCACAGAUCUACGAGUGGAUGGUCAAGAGUGUGCCCUACUUCAAAGACAAGGGCGACAGCAACAGCUCGGCCGGCUGGAAGAAUUCAAUUCGACAUAAUCUGUCCCUGCACAGCAAGUUCAUUCGCGUGCAGAAUGAAGGAACUGGAAAAAGCUCUUGGUGGAUGCUCAAUCCAGAGGGAGGCAAGAGUGGAAAAUCCCCCAGGAGAAGAGCUGCAUCCAUGGACAACAACAGUAAAUUUGCCAAGAGCCGUGGCCGAGCUGCCAAGAAAAAAGCAUCUCUCCAGUCUGGCCAGGAGGGUGCCGGGGAUAGCCCUGGAUCUCAGUUUUCUAAAUGGCCUGCAAGCCCUGGCUCUCACAGCAAUGAUGACUUUGAUAACUGGAGUACAUUUCGCCCUCGAACCAGCUCCAAUGCUAGUACAAUUAGUGGGAGACUUUCCCCAAUUAUGACCGAGCAAGAUGACCUUGGUGAUGGGGAUGUGCAUACUAUGGUUUACCCACCGUCUGCUGCAAAGAUGGCUUCUACUUUACCUAGCCUGUCUGAGAUAAGCAAUCCUGAAAACAUGGAAAACCUUUUGGAUAAUCUCAACCUUCUGUCAUCACCACCAUUGACUGUUUCGACCCAGUCUUCACCGGGCACCAUGAUGCAGCAGACACCAUGCUACUCAUUUGCACCGCCAAACACCAGUCUGAAUUCACCCAGUCCGAACUACCAAAAAUACACCUAUGGCCAGUCCAGCAUGAGCCCUUUGCCCCAGAUUCCUAUGCAGACGCUUCAGGACAACAAGUCGAGUUAUGGAGGUAUGAGUCAGUAUAACUGUGCACCAGGGCUUUUGAAGGAGCUACUUACUUCUGACUCUCCUCCUCAUAAUGACAUUAUGGCACCCGUUGAUCCUGGCGUGAGCCAACCCAACAACCGGGUCCUUGGCCAGAAUGUGUUGAUGGGCCCUAAUUCGGUCAUGCCGUCCUAUAGCAACCAGGCAUCUCAUAACAAAAUGAUGAAUCCCAGCUCCCACACCCACCCUGGACAUGCUCAGCCAACAUCUGCAGUUAACGGGCGUGCCUUGCCCCACACGGUAAACACCAUGCCCCACGCCUCGGGUAUGAGUCGCCUGGCCCCAGUGAAGACAGCUUUACAAGUGCCUCUGGCCCACCCCAUGCAGAUGAAUGCUCUGGGGGGUUAUUCCUCAGUGAGCAGUUGCAAUGGUUAUGGGAGGAUGGGCCUUCUCCACCAGGAGAAGCUCCCAAGUGACUUGGAUGGCAUGUUUAUUGAGGGCUUGGACUGUGACAUGGAAUCCAUCAUUCGGAACGACCUCAUGGAUGGUGACACGUUGGAUUUUAAUUUUGACAAUGUGUUGCCCAACCAAAGCUUUCCACACAGUGUCAAGACGACAACACACAGCUGGGUGUCAGGCUAGGAGCUAGUGAGCAGGCUAUGCUCAGAAGAACUUCAGAUUGUCUGACAGCAGGAACUGAGAGAAGCAGUCCAAAGAUGUCCUUCACCCCUCCUUUUUAUUUUCUUGAUUAGAAAAAAUAAAGUGCAUUUCUUUUUUUCCUUUCGUCAGACUUGGCAGCGAAGACACUUUUCCUGUACAGGAUGUUUGCCCAAUGUUUGCAGACUAUGUGCUGCUGUAGAUAAGGAUUGUGCCAUUGGAAAGUUCAUUACAAUGAAGUGCCAAACUCACUACACCAUGUAAUUGCAGAAAAGACUUCUAGAUCCUGGUGUGCUUUCAAGUUUUUGUAUAUAAGCAGUAGCUACAGAAUUGUAUUUGUGUGUGUGUUAUUAUUUUUUUAAAUAUGCAUCUGGUCCAAGGAACGUUUAUACUCUUUUUGUAAUACUGUGAUGGUCUCAUGUCCUUAAUAAGUUAAACUUUUGUUUGUACUACCUACACUCUCUACUGAACUGAUGAAUCACAAAGAACGAAGCUCUCCAUUCUGCACCUCCAUUGAACAGCUUUGGGACUGUUCACGUUGCCACAUAAUUCACAUGAGAACCAAUAGCCUGUUAUCAGUCUGCUGAACUAAUGGACUUGUCAUACUUUUUUGGAAAAAAAAAAAAACUUAAAUGCCAGCCUUGUACAGGUCUUUUCUAUUUUUUUGUUUAUUUUGUUAUUUGCAAAUUUGUACGAACAUUUAAAUGGUUCUGAUUUCCAGAUAAAUGAUUUUUGAUGUUACUGUGGGGACUUGAGGUCAUUUUUGGAAUAGAUAUUGAACUGUAAUGUUUUCUUAAAACUAGAGUCUACUUUGUUACAUAGUCUGCUUGUAAAUUUGUGAAAUCCCAGAUAUUUGACACAGCAUCCUUGAUUUUUCCUUUUGUAUUUCUAACUGGAUUAGUACUGAUUUUUCUAUGUGCUCAACUGGUUUGUACACUUUGGGAUGCUAGUUAGUGAUAUUUCUGACUAAACUUAAAAUCACUGUAAUUAGUAUUCGUAUACUCUUGUUUCUGGUCCUACCUUGGCAGGAGAGUGAGAUAUAGUUAGUGGACACUUUGUGUUUAUGUUUAGGAGAACAGUAUGUUUUCCAUAUGUGUAUUUUAGAGAGAUUCUGUCAGCUUCUACUAGCUCGUGAACUAAUGGCACCACAUAGCACUCAGUCAUUUCAUGUGUGACUGACUGUAUACUGCGUGGUUUCACUUCCUCCCAGGAGGCCUCAUAGUGUUUUUAGAUAGGAAAGAGGCCCUGCCUCUAAAACAGUGCUUAUGUUCUCAAACUCUGGGGGUUUGAAGUUUUUGAGUUGAGCUUCAGCAAAAUUGUCUCUCAUUAAGUGUGUGCGCUUAAUUUGGUUUGGGUAGAGACUGGUUUGAUAGCUCUGCCUUGAAGGAUUAUGCAGAUAUUAAUAUUAAUCCCAUUUAAUCCCAGAAUUAAUCCCACUUUUCCUCUCUCCCACACUGUGGAAUUUCAAGUUAAAGGAGCAAAAUUUUAAAUAGUCACUCAUAGAAUGCCUUAUGGAAAAGAAUUUGUUUAAAAACUGAGGCAAUUAACUUGAAAGCCAGCAAACCAGCAGUAAAUUAUAUAUUAGAAUGUAGUUUUAAAACUUAAGAAUAGCAGUGUUUUUUGAGCCUUUCUAAACUAUAAUUUGGAUCUAAUAAGUUUUAAUAUUUUCCAGGUAUCUGUAACUGAUAGACCAAGUUAAUUGGUUUUGCCUGUGUGAGCCAUCAAUAUAUUCAAAUCAUGUAGAAUGCUUGAAGGCAGCAUGAUAUGAGGAGACAGGUGCACACAGUUGCUUCUGUUGUCUAUUUGUGUAGAGUCUGAUUUCUGUGAACUUAGCUCAGGUCACACUUGCUUGUGGUCUGUGUGAGUUGCAUCUCUCAGCUUAGUUCUUCCUACAUAUUUCACAAUACCACAGGUGUAUCUGAUAAAUUUCCUACAGAAAAUCAGCUUUGUUGCAGGUUUCCCAAGAUGACUUUUACCUUCAGUUCAUAAAACAUCCACCUCUUAGCCAUCUUCUUUGGCCACCCCAAAAUACUUUCGGUUUUAGAUGCCUUAGUUCUUUAAGCAGUGCUGCCUGCACAAGUGAUAGAACUUGUUGGUGCCGGGGCACUGGGUCCAUUCCUGUUAUCGUGUGCUGCCACUCUCCUCUGCCCAUUAUCCUUACACAGCGAGCCCAAAAGCCCCUAUUCCUUCUCAUUUACAGCUAAAAAUCACUGUUCAGAUCUUGCUAGUACAUUGAGUGACUUAAAAACAAUGUUUCUCCUUCCUGAGUCUGUGUAAAUAUAUCUUUUUCCUUAAAAAAUUUGUGUGUGUGUUGAAAUUCUAUGAAUCCUAGGUAACUCUCCUGGGGUCCAGUGAAGUCCAGUGAAAAGCACCUUGUCUAUUUUGAAAACAAACAUUAUGCAACCUCUGGUGAUUCUUUUUCUGUACGAAUACUGACUUUCUGGAAUAAUUAGUAUAUCAGUUAUUGUAUAUGAUUGCUUUGUGAAAUGUACAAAUGAUAUCACCUAUGCAGCCUUGUUUUGAUUCAUUUCCUCUGGUUUGUACUGUUAUUAAAAAAAAGCAUAUUGUAUUAUAGAGCUAUUCAGAUAUUUUAAAUAUAUAAAGUAUUGUUUCCGUAAUAUAGAUGUAUGGAAUAUAUUUAGGUAUUAGUUGCAUUACUUGGAAAGUUCUGUUUUGACAAACUGACAAAAGUCUAUUAAUGAACAGAUUGAGUAGUAAACCAGUGGAACACCCCCAGGAAGGACACUUAAUUGGAGACAGUUUUCCAAAGGUUUCCGGUUUGAACUUGAGUUGUUGCAUAUAUGUUAUCAUUAUGCCCCCACCCUAACCCCUUACUUGAAAUUCUUACAUUGAGCUCUUACAAAUUCUUAAUUUAUAACUGACUUUGAAACAAGAAGUUUCUCUUGUGGUUUUAGUUUGGGAGUAAUCAUAAAAGUUUAAAAAAAUGUUUAUGCAAACAAAACAGCCUGGCAUUACUCUUGGCCUCCUCCUCGAGUUGGUGCAUCACCUGGCAGUGUGGUCAGGUGUGGCUACCUGAGUCCUGCCAGAAAUCCACCUUCUCGCAUUUCGUUACUAGAGUUUAGUAACAGUGCAGAUUUCUUGUCUGAUACUCUGAGAAGUGCCUGAUGAUGCUGAUGUACUUACAGACACAUGAACAAUCUUUGCUAUUGUAUAAAGCCAUAAAUGUACAUAAAUUUAUGUUCAAAUGA